AUGUUAGAAGCACUAGCGGGCUGUGAACCCGAUUGUUUCGAAAUCAACAAAGCACUCAAUAACUCCAAACACCGCACCUUAUCCAUUCUCAGUGAUCUGUACGAUAGGGAAUUAGUUGGAAUCAUCGGUUGGGCGAAACAGAUUCCCGGCUUCACCGAUUUGUCCCUCAACGAUCAGAUGCGACUCCUACAAAGCACGUGGGCGGAAAUUUUGACGUUAACGUUGGCUUUCCGUAGUCUAUCACUGAUAGGCAUGGGAAGGUUGCAGUUUGCCAUUGAUUUCACGCUCGACGAAAAAACGUCGAGAGAUUGCGGGUCCUUAGAAUUAUAUCAAACGUGUUGGCACGUUGUAGAAAGGUUAGAUAGAUUAUCUAUAUUAAAAGAAGAAUAUUAUCUCCUCAAAGCCUUGGUUCUCACAAAUUCUGAUGUAAAAUUAGAUGAAUACCAGUCGCUCAAAAAAUUUAGGGACUCAAUUCUGACUGCGCUUUCAGAUACCGUUGGAAUAUUAAGGCCUACAGCAGUUCUGAAUCAAGUCCAACAGCUCCUUCUCUGCCUGCCUGUUUUAAGGCAGGCCAAUUUCGUCAUUAGAAGAUUUUGGUCUGACGUCCACCAGCGAGAUUUAGUACCUAUGAAUAAAUUAUUUUUGGAAAUGUUAGAAGCCUAUUGCCGGUAG